AUGGAUAUCUCAACGUUCCUUCUUCUUUUUCUCCUGCAAACUCCUCUAUCUUCAUCUAAAGCGCUUGACAUUCUCCAAGGCUCAUCUCUAUCUGUCGGGAAACCAAGCGACAACUUAGUUUCAGCGAGUGGUGAAUUCUCUGCAGGGUUUUUCCCCGUUGGGGAUAACGCUUUCUGCUUUUCCAUAUGGUUAACAAUAUCCUCGGUUCCCACAGUCGUUUGGAUGGCAAACCGAGACGAUCCUGUUGAAAGAGGUUCGGCAAUCUCACUUUCGAAAGAUGGCAAGCUUAUCCUCAGAAACUCUGUUGGUAACAUCAUUUGGACCACUAAAACGGCAGCCUUGACCACAUCACGGACCUCCCAAUUGCAGCUACAGCUCCUAAACACAGGCAAUCUCGUUCUUCAUUAUAACUCUCAUAAUGGUGUCAUCUGGCAAAGCUUUGAUUCACCUACAGAUACUCUUCUCCCUCGACAAACACUAACCUCGGUUUCAAGCCUAGUGUCAAAGUCACGCCAAGGUGACUAUUCUUCUGGCUACUACAAACUCUCUUUCGACAAUGAUAAUGUCCUCAGCCUGCUUUUCCAAGAUCCGACGAUAUCCAGUCUCUACUGGCCCGAUCCAUCCUUUACUGACCCUGCAGAAAAUGAAAGGUCUAGGUACAACAAUAGUAGAGCUGCAGUACUAGACGCAUCGGGCUAUUUCUGGUCAUCUGACAUGUUUGAAUUCCGAGCAACAGAUUUUCCUCUGGUAUUGCACAGACGACUGACUCUUGAUACUGACGGCAACCUGCGAUUAUACAGCCUGCAAAAGAUGAAUGAGACUAGGGAUUGGGUUGUAACAUGGCAAGCAUUCUCGGAUCCAUGCAGGAUUCAUGGAAUCUGUGGACCCAAUAGUCUGUGUAGUUAUAAUCAUGCUUCUGGUCGGAGCUGCAAUUGCCUGCCGGGAUUCAAGAUGAAAGAUCCGACUGACUGGACUUAUGGGUGUAUACCAGAAUUCAAUCUUUCUUGCAAUCAAAGUGAUGAGUCUAGCUUUGUCCAACUUGCUCAUGUCGAGUUCUAUGAUCAUCAGGAUGGUGCGGGUGCCAAUGAUUGUUACCCCAAGUUUCUUCUAGCCAACGGACGACGUUCACCCGGUUUCGAAGGAGAUUUGUAUCUAAGGCUACCCAAAGCUGGUCUUGUUUAUAACAAGACGACUGAUAAAGAACAAAGGUUAGAAUGUUUAUACAAACCAGUUACGCAACAAAGAAAAACUUACGAAAAUCAGACGGUGAAGCUUUUGCUUUGGUUUGCCACUAUCUUGGGUGGUGUAGAGGUUACUUGCAUUUUCCUGGUGUUUGUUUUCUUGUCAAGGACUAGUAAAAAUUCUGAUCCAGCUGCACAAGAAUACCUCCUGACAACUAGAUUCAAAAGAUUCACCUUCUCUGAGCUGAAAAGGGCGACGCAGGGUUUCAGGGAACUGAUUGGACAAGGAGCAGGAGGGGCAGUAUACAAAGGAGUACUACUUGAUCAGCGGGUAGCUGCAAUCAAGCGCCUCAACGAUGCCACCCAAGGAGAAGCAGAGUUCCUAGCAGAAGUAAACACCGUUGGGAGGCUUAAUCACAUGAACUUGAUCGAGAUCUGGGGAUACUGUGCAGAGGGGAAGCACCGGCUUCUAGUGUACGAGUACAUGGAGCUUGGAUCCUUGGCGAAAAUUCUUAGUUCAAAUACACUUGAUUGGGAAAAAAGGUUUGAAAUUGCAGUGGGCACAGCGAAAGGCCUAGCUUAUUUGCAUGAAGAGUGCCUAGAAUGGGUAUUACAUUGCGAUGUGAAGCCUCAGAACAUACUCCUGGACUCAAACUAUCAACCAAAGAUAGCAGAUUUUGGCCUGUCUAAACUACGAAAUAGAGGUGAGGUUGAUGGUUCAAGCUUCUCUAAGAUGAGAGGAACCAGAGGUUACAUGGCUCCUGAAUGGGUUUACAAUCUUCCCAUCACUUCUAAAGUGGAUGUCUAUAGUUAUGGAGUCGUUGUGUUGGAAAUGGUUACUGGAAACAGCCCCUCAGGCAUGCAUAACUCUGAAUACAGAGGAGUGAGAAAGUAUAGGAGGCGAGUCACGUUACUGAGGGAGGAAAUCAUGAAUAAAAUUGCUGCUUCAAGGGAGUCGUUGAUUGAAGAAAUCGUAGAACCCAGCAUGGAUGGAAAAUAUGACAUGGCUACGUUGGAACUUCUGGUUAAAGUAGCUUUACAGUGCGUGGCCGAAGACAAGGAUGAUAGACCCACCAUGAAGCAGGUUGUAGAGAUGCUUCUGUCGCACAAGGUUGAUUAAUUUCGUAAAGUUUAGAUCAUGUAACAUUUUUUUUUUUUAUUUAAUGUUUGAUGAAGGACAGAUGUUCCUGGACCGUAGUAGAUUGUUGAA